UGUAUGUACUAACCUAAUCUGCGAGGUUCUAACUCGCUAGCUUGGACGCUGUGGAUGCGAUUGUCAAAUACCGAAGUUUGGAUGGCAUGCAGGAAUCCCGCCAGAUUCGGCUGAGUUACCACUCCUCAACACCCCCAUUCCAUGCCACCACGGCAACUUGCACGAGUAUUACCUGUGGCGAGCCAUUUCGUAUCAGCUUGUUCCUAGCCUCCUUCAAACUCCGAGACUCUUGAGUCGACUCAAAAGUUAGCCUCAUUCUAACUCCGAGACUCGUCACAGGAUACGAGCGUGGAGGAUACGGCAUCUAGCUCUCGUCUCUUCUCGUCGCGAUGAACGUGCAGCUUGAAAUAUGCGUGGAAACGGUCGCAUCCGCGAUUGCCGCCCAUAAAGGUGGCGCCCAUCGAGUGGAGCUGUGCUCAGGGCUAGUGGAAGGAGGGGUCACACCUAGCAUAGGCUUGGUCAGGGCGGUUGUGCAGUGCAUACCCAUCCCUGUGCAUGUGCUCAUUCGGCCCAGGGCGGGCGACUUUGUCUUUAGCGAAGAUGAGAUGAAGGUCGGCCACUAGCUAUGGAGUGUGACAUUAACGAGUGUGCUAAAGCCGGGGCAACUGGGGUGGUGGUGGGGGCUUUGACUCCUGGGGGAGACAUUGACGAACCGAAGCUGAAUCGUCUUGUACAAUGUGCAGCACAGCACUCGUUGCACGUCACCUUCCACCGAGCCUUCGACCACACGAAGGACCCCAUGGCUGCUUUACGGGUUCUUAUAUCGAGCGGAGGGGUGAAACGAAUCCUGACAUCUGGCCAGAGAGCCACAGCAGAGGAAGGCGUGGGGGUGAUUCAGCAGCUGGUGGGAGAAUCCCAAGGGAGGAUCCAAAUCAUGGCAGGAGGCGGGGUAACACCAGAGAAUGCCGCAACCAUCAUUACCCGAUCAGGCGUGGCCCACAUCCAUGCAUCCGCACGAUCACUGGGGACGCAACCCGAGCCAAUCCACUCCAACCCUCUCUGCCCCUUCCGUGCUACAACUUUGCCUCCUGAAGGGGUGGUCAUGCAAACUGAUGCGGAGAAGGUUUCUGCAAUCUUAAUUGCUACCCAUGCUGCGAAGGAAUCUUUAUGAUGAAUAUUGUCAGUGUAGUGAGUGGCAAUGAGAAGUCCCUCAGCUAAGCAUCUGCUUUCGCCCUACUUAGAUUGCGUUGUUCAUAGUUUUGUGCAAAUCUUGUAGUGUAUAUUUUUAUCAAAACCUGCU